CUCAUAACACUUAAGCCACCCAAUUUUCCAUUUACUUCCUCUGCUGUAAAAAUGUGGAAAAUGAAUCAAUACCUGCCCUUAUUCCUUAUUGCCUUUUGUUUGUUCUUCAUUUCACAUUCUCAAACUAUUUCUAAUACUUCCUCUCAACAUCGUUGCCUCCCUGACCAGAGCUCUGCUUUGCUGCAACUGAGGAAAGAAUUUGUUGAGAAGAGAACCUAUCCUGAUGAUGAUUACUUUGGUGUUUCAUAUCCAAAGAUGAAGUCUUGGAAGGCAGAUAGUGAUUGUUGUUCCAGCUGGGAUGGGAUCACAUGCGAUGCGCACUACGGCCACGUCAUUGGCUUAGACCUCAGCAAAAGCUGGCUUUGUGGGCCUCUCAAGUCUAACAGCAGCCUCUUCAGGUUGCGUCAUCUUCGAAAACUCAACCUUGCCCUCAACGACUUCUCUUCCUCCACCACAAUCCCAUCUGAGUUUGGGCAGCUUGUGAGGUUGACCCAUCUUAACCUCUCUCGUUCCUUCUUACAUGGCCGAAUCCCGUCGGAAAUUUCAUGGCUCUCCAAUUUGGUUUCACUUGAUCUCUCUUUCAAUUAUUUCAUGGCUCAUUUGAAUCUCAGAAGAAAUGAUCUUGAAGCACUUGUCCAGAACAUGACAUAUUUGAGAGAACUUCAUCUAGACGAUGUGAACAUCUCAUCGUCACUGCCUCAAUCCCUGGCAAAUUUGUCUUCCUUGACAUCUCUUUCUCUGUCUGACUGCAUUUUGCUUGGCGAAUUUCCCUCAGAUAUUUUCCUACUGCCCAAGAUACAAGCCAUUGAUGUGUCAGGUAACAACAAUCUCACUGGUUUUCUUCCCAAUUUUCGAUCUGGUAGUUCCCUAAAGCAAUUGCGUCUUUCCUACACGAAUUUUUCUGGGGAAUUGCUCGAUGCAAUCGGGAACCUUAAGUCCUUGAACUUUUUGGAUCUUUCUCAAACCUAUUUUUCCAGGGAAUUACCCAAUUCAAUCGGCAACCUAGAACACUUGAGCCAUUUGGAUCUUUCUUGGGCAAUUUUUCUUGGGGUAUUGCCCAAUUCAAUCGGCAACCUUAAAUCCUUGAGUCAUUUGGAUCUUUCUGGGGCAAAUUUUUCUGGGGAAUUGCCCAAUUCAAUCGGCAACCUUAAAUCCUUGAGUCAUUUGGAUCUUUCUGGGGCAAAUUUUCUUGGGGAAUUACCCAGUUCAAUCGGAAAGCUUGAGUCCUUGAAUACUUUAUAUCUUGGCUCAACAAAUUUUUCUGGGAAACUGCCUGAUUCAAUCGGCAAUCUCAACUCCUUGAAUGAUUUGGAUCUUGAUUCAAGUAAAUUUUCAGGGGAAAUUCCCCCUUCUAUUGGGAACCUAUCACAGCUUACUUCUCUUUCUCUCUUAGGGUGCAAUUUUCAUGGUCAGCUUCCAUCCACAUUAGGAAAUCUUGCAAAACUCACUUCUCUAGAUCUUCGCUAUAGCCUUUUCUCUGGGAAAGUACCAUCUUCACUGGGAAAUCUUACACAACUAGAAGAAUUACUCCUUUCAUAUAACAAUUUUGAAGGCAGGUUCCCAGUUUCACUAACAAAUAUUACCAAACUCACUCAGAUAGAUAUAUCAGGAAACCAAUUGAAAGGGUCAAUCCCAUCGGAAAUAAGUAGACUUACUCAUUUGUCUUCCCUUGACUUGUCUCAAAACUCACUCACAGGGGCUAUCCCCUCUGUUUUGUAUACAAUGCCUUCAUUGUCUGUACUAUAUCUACAUCAAAAUCAGCUUACUGGCCCUCUCCAAUUCCAAAAUAUCUCUUCAUCACAGUUAAAUUCCCUGGACUUGAGUGGAAACAAAUUGGAUGGACCGAUUUCAAGGUCAAUUUCCAAUUUCACUAUGCUACAUUGGCUAUAUCUUUCUUCGAUCAACCUAAAGGACAAGAUGGAGUUAAACAUAUUCUUCCAGGUUAAAGAGCUUCAAUAUCUCGAUCUCUCAGGUAACAAUUUGUUGGUUUCAAAAGAAAAUAUCAAUUCAACCCUCCCCAAAUUUUCAUAUUUGUAUUUGUCUUCUUGCAAUUUGCGUGAAUUCCCUGAUUUCCUAAAAGCCCAAAAUGAAUUGAGUACAUUAGACCUUUCCAACAACAAAAUUGAAGGUAAAAUACCCAAAUGGUUUUGUAAUGUUGGAAAAGGGACACUACGAUACCUGAAUCUUUCUUUUAACCUUCUCAGCGGUUUUGAACAACAGCUGAAAGUUCUUCCUUGGAAAUUCAUUGUCUAUUUAGAUUUACGUUCCAACAUGUUGCAAGGGUCACUCCCAGUUCCCCCAUUGUCUACAUCAUAUUUUUUUGCCUCAAACAAUAAUCUAACUGGGAAAAUCCCUCAAAUGAUUUGCAAGGUGAAUUCCCUCCAAGUCCUUGACAUAUCUAACAACCAGUUGAAUGGUCACAUUCCACAAUGUUUAGGUCACUUCAGCAGCUCUCUUUUAGUAUUGAAUAUGAGGAACAAUUGCUUUCAAGGAAGCAUGCCUAAAACAUUCAUAAAAGGAUGUACGUUGACGACAUUGGACUUCAGUCACAACCAAAUACAGGGGAAGAUUCCACGAUCAUUAUUGCAAUGUCGAAUGCUAGAGGUCCUAAAUCUUGGAAAUAACAACAUUAAUGAGGCGUUCCCCUUCUGGUUGCAGUCUUUGCCAGAGUUACGAAUUCUUGUCUUGCGAGCAAAUGGAUUCCAUGGUCCUAUAUGGGCCCCUCAUACCGGGUUUGGCUUUUCCAAGUUGCAUGUCAUCGACCUCUCUCACAACAGUUUCUCUGGUAGGCUACCAUCAGAAUACUUUAGAACUUGGAAUGCAAUGCAAAUGGUUCCUGCCAAAGAUAAAUCACAACCAGAAUACAUGGGAAGUCAAUCAAAUUAUUAUGAAGACUCAAUGACAGUAGUGAAUAAGGGGUUAGAAAUAUUUUUGGUAAAGAUCUUGACCAUCUUCACAGCUAUUGAUCUCUCCAAUAAUAGGUUUGAAGGAGAAAUUCCAAAUAGUAUGGGAAACCUAAAGGGACUAAUUGUACUCAAUUUAUCAAGCAAUAGCUUCAUGGACCGUGUCCCGUCAUCAUUAGGGAACCUAACCGCACUUGAAUCUUUGGAUCUUUCUCUAAACGAGCUCUCAGGUAAAAUUCCUCAACAGCUAAUAAGUCUCACAUUUCUUGAAUAUUUAAACUUGUCUCAAAAUCAACUUGUUGGUCCAAUUCCACAAGGUGGACAAUUUUGGACGUUUGAAAAUUCCUCUUUUGAGGGAAACUUGGGAUUGUGUGGCUCUCCAUUGUCAAAGAAAUGUGGAAACAAUGAGACACCAACUUAUAAAACAAGACAAGAAUCAUCAAUAGUAGAAGGAUUUGAUUGGAAAGUGGUUGUGAUUGGAUAUGCUUGUGGAUUGAUAAUUGGAAUAGUUAUUGGGUAUUUCUACACCUCAAGAAGGACAGUUUGGUUUGUGAGAAAUUUUGGAGUGCACAUACUUAGUUGAAGAUGAAGACAAAUAAAGCCAGCUACUGUAGAUUUAUAGUCAUUGUAAUAAUUGUAUCUAUGUGUGUGAUUAUAUGGAUCAUCACCAUCAACCGCUUUGUGGCCCUGCCGAUCCAUGGCCUUGAUAUCUCUUAUAGCACCUUCCAAGUUUAAAUGGAGUAGAGUAGAGUUGGCAGGAAAUUGGCUGCAUUUAUCAAAGAUGAAGUUCUGUCAUCCAGUACCAGACACUUUCUCACCAAGGAAAUCUGAUCAUAUUAGUCCGCAUAAACAGCAUAUGGAUAAGUUGACUUGCAUGCCUACUAAUUUCUAGACCCAAGUUGUAAUGCAUCUUUAAGUUCACCAAUUUGGAUAUCGUCGACAAUUCCAGCUGAUUGGAUAUGGCAAUUUCCUAGUGAAUUUGG